AUGCUCCGAAACGGCCUCCGAGCGUCGCAGCGACACCUCCAAAGCGGUCUCGCAGACAACACCGUCGUGGUGCUCGACUCGUGUCGAACUCCCUUCACCAAGUCCUCCACCGCGUACUCGAACCUUAUGCCACACGACAUGCUUCGGGCGGCCGUUUCCCAAACCAUCCAGCGAUCUGGCAUCGACGGCAACGAAAUCGACUACGCCGUCGGCGGCACCGUCAUCGCCGAGGUCAAAACCUCGAAUGUGAUGCGUGAAGCUUGUCUUGGCGCUGGUUUGCCCCAGUCGCUUCCCGCUCAUACUGUUACCAUGGCUUGUAUUUCAUCAAGUCAGGCUGUUACCACUGGGAUCGGUCAUAUUAUGUCAGGCGCCGGGGAAGUUGUUAUCUGUGGUGGAGUUGAGACGAUGUCUGACGUUCCAAUUCGACAUGCCAAGGCGAUGCGACAACAUCUCCUUCGCAACCAGCGAAUGCUCUCCAAGGGCCCCAAGGGCGUCAUCAACUUUUUGAAGCCCGUCUUCAAGGCUCCUGGAAAAUUCUUGGCCCCUGAGCCACCAGCAAUCUCUGAAUUCUCUACUGGAGAAAUCAUGGGUCACUCUGCAGAUCGACUCGCUUCUGCGUGGGGUGUUUCCCGAGCUGAUCAAGAUGCUUUUGCCAUCAGAUCGCACACCAACGCAUUCAAGGCUAGCGAGGCUGGCCUUCUUUCCGAUGUUUUUGAGUACCACAUUCCCGGCGGUGAGACCAUCUCCAAGGAUAACGGUAUCCAGGUCAACACUCCCGAAAAACUCGCCGGCCUCCGAGCUGCCUUUGUCAAGCCCCACGGAACUGUUACUGCUGGUAAUUCUUCUUACUUGACAGACGGAGCUUCUGCUUGCAUCCUUUCGUCUCACAAGAAAGCCCAGGAAAUGGGACUUGGAGGAAAGGCCAUCCUCCGUGAUUACAUGUACGUUGCCAUCGACCCCAAGGACCAGCUCCUCCUCGGCCCUGCCUACGGCAUCGCUCGACUUUUGGAGAGAUCUGGACUCAAGCCAUCCGACAUCGAUGUUUGGGAAAUUCACGAAGCCUUCGCCGGUCAGGUUCUUGCCAACUUGGAAGCGCUCAAGGACGAUAAGUUCUGCCGAGAACGAAUGGGUGUCAAAGGCGCCGUUGGAGAGCUUCCUAUGGACAAGCUCAACAACUGGGGAGGAUCUCUCUCAAUGGGACAUCCCUUCGGAGCCACUGGCAUUCGACUCGUUUCUCACUGUGCAAACCGACUGAAGCACGAAGACGGCCAGUACGCCAUGAUUGCCGCCUGCGCCGCCGGUGGACACGCAUUUGCUGGUAUUGUUGAGCGUCAUCCCGAUUAUUAA